AUGGAGAUGCUGCAAAGCGUGAUCAACAUCCGCGAAGCGGUCUCAACCAUGAUCAACUUUGGGGAAGCGAGCAAGCUGGAGAAGGAUCUAUCCUGCCUCCCGGUCUCUUUGGACAAGGCUCGCGCUGUCAUCUAUCGGGGCGAGUGGGGCAGGUUCAAGAACAAGGAUCUGGCGGCACUUCUCUGGCAUCUCAAGGACGCCACCUAUGACGCGGAGGAUCUUCUCCGCGAGUCCAAUGAUCAGGUGCUAUGGCAGAAGAUGGAGGAUGCUGACCGGAGCUUGGCAGGUCAAUUUUUCUCUUCCUCUCUAAAUGUUGUACAAACUUUGAUCGGUGGUAGCAAGACAAGGAUAAAGGAGGUCCAAGAUAAGCUCAACAAGGCUGUGGCUGAUUUAGAGGGAGAGCUUAAUUCAGUGGGUCUUAAUUUUGAGAUAGUUCAACACAUGCCAGUGACAAGUUCAGUCAUUGGCGUGCCUCAAGUGUUUGGUCAUGAUGAAGAACGAGAUCUAGUGAUUGAGAAGCUAGGUGUGAUGAUUGGACGUGACAAUGAACGAGAUUUAGUGAUUGAGAAGAUGGGUGUGCCACUCACCAGGUUUGUUGCAGCACGAGCUAAAGGAAAGAGAGCAGCAGGGGGCACUGUCGCCAAAUCAGCAUCCACACCGAAGCGACUGAAAGGAGAGAGUAGCAGGGCUGGACCCAGAAUUUCUCAAUCCAAAUGCAUCGGCAAUGUUUCUAUCUUGCCUAUAUUUGGUAUUGGUGGGGUGGGGAAGACUACCUUGGCUCAGUACAUCUAUAAUGACGAGAGGGUGAGAUCUCACUUUCGCAUGAGGACAUGGGUCUGUGUUUCAGACCUCUUUGACAAGAAAAGGAUAAUAGAAGAGAUCUUCAAGUCCAUCACCAAGAAAGACUCAUCACAACAUAGUUCAAAUGAUCUUCAGGAGGAAUUGAAGAAGAAGCUAAAGAGUCAAAAGUUCCUUUUGGUGUUGGAUGAUAUUUGGUCCAUUACUAAUCGUGAAUGGGAAGAACUUAAUGCACUCUUGAAGGACGGACUUAAAGGCAGUAUGAUCUUAGUAACUACAAGAUUACAAAAUGUUGCUAAUCUUGUUUGCACCAACAACUUUGAACCUUUUGAACUCAAAGGAUUGGAUGAAGAUAAAUUUUGGAAUUUCUUCAAGGACUGUGCAUUUGGGCAGAAGCGCCCAGCUGAUUCGGAAUGGAUCAACCUCAAGGUCGAGAUUACCUGGUUUAAUCAGCUCUCCAACAUCCUAUUUAUGAGCCUACAGGGUUGCAAACUUGUCAAGCUACCUGAGAGCAUAGCUUACAAGUGGUUGAUGCAAGGCGUUCGAGUUUGA